GUCACUUGUUUCCUCUCUGGCACUUCAGCCUGUUUCCUCCACGAAGACGCAGCUGCCGCUCACAUGCCCUCCUGCCUUCCUGCCCCAACUACCCCCACCAGCCACAUCUGCCCCCCACCGGCCACAUCUGCCCCCCACCGGCCACACCUGCCCCUCCUGCUCCACAUCUGCCCCUCCUGCUCCACAUCUGCCUCCGCGUCCCUGAAGUAUCUGGUACGAGUUAAAGAGCUUGUUUUGAAACAAGAGCCAUGACGGGGAACUCCAGCAGAGCCAGGCUUGACAACGCCACGCUGUCCCUGUUCCAGGACGCUAACACCAGCCUGGCCAUCUCCGUGGUCUACAUGGUGGUCACCUCCGUCAACCUGGUGGGCAACGGCCUGUCCAUGUGGCUGCUGCUCUUCCGCACCUCCCCCAAGACUCCCUCCAUCAUCUUCAUGAUCAACCUGACCCUGACGGACCUGGCGCUGGGCACCGCGCUGCCCUUCCAGAUCUCCUACCAGCUCCGGGGAUACGACUGGACGCUGGGCUCCAACAUGUGCAGCCUCCUGACCCUGGUGUUCUACACCAACAUGUACUGCUCCGUCCUCACCAUGACGGCCAUCGGCGUCGACCGCUACCUGGGCAUCGUGCGGCCGAUGCUGCUGCGGGGCCGGCAGAGGAAGUGGGUGGCCGUGGCCGUCUGCCUGCUGAUGUGGGCGCUGGUCCUCGGGGUGCUGCACCCCCUCAUGACCACCGACCUCACCUUCCACGUCCCCGAGCUCGGCAUCACCACCUGCUUCGACGUGCUGAAGAAGUCCAUGCUGCCGUCGGUGUCGGCGUGGGCCGCCUUCCUCUUCGGCAUGGUGGUCAUCCUGUUCCUGCUGCCCUUCUGCGUCACCACCUUCUGCUACGUCAGCGUUAUCGUCCGGCUGGGCCGCGACGCCCGGACGGCCCAGAAGCGGCGGGCCGUCCGGCUGGCGGCCGUGGUGCUGCUGGUGUUCGUGCUCUGCUUCCUGCCCAACAACGCGCUGCUGCUGCUGCACAGCGUGAUGCGGCUGUUCUACGGCCGCUCGCUGUACGCCGCCUACAAGCUGAGCCUCUGCCUCAGCUGCCUCAACAGCUGCCUGGACCCCUUCAUCUACUACUUCGCCUGCAAGGACUUCAGGCUGAAGCUGAGGGAGAUCAUGAACCUGCACAGCCUCGGCAGCGCCGACUCAAUGAAGAUGGAGCAGAAAGACACGCUGUACUCUGGACAGUGAGCUAGCAAAGCUCUGUAGAGCAACGUAUCGUGAUGCAAAAGCCGCCGCAGCAGGAAGAACGUAAACAUUUAGCAGAUGGAGGUGUGAACGAGUGUGUUCAGCUCUUUUCUGGGUUCAGAUUUUAAAAUGCCUCAAAAAUGCCUUUAAAGUGACUUUUGUAAGUGAAUGUGAAUAAAGCCUGUUAUGUUAGCCUGAUUUUCCUAUAAAAAAAUAUGGUGUUUUUGUUUUACAUAUAUGUGUGUGUGUGUGUGUGUGUGUGUGUGUGUGUGUGUGUGUGUGUGUGUGUGUGUGUGUGUGUGUGUGUGUGUGUGUGUGUGUGUGUGUGUGUGUGUGUGUGUGUGUGUGUGUGUGUAAGCAAGUAUUAUCUCUGUUCUGUGACAUGUGAUCUUGAAUUGAUGUUUCACCUUUUCGUCUCAAAUAAAGCUCUUUGAAUUUUUUAUUUUGUAUGAACGAGUGUGUUCAGCUCUUUUCUGGGUUCAGAUUUUAAAAUGCCUCAACGUGACUUUUCUUGUGAUACAUAGAACCCAAAGAUGGACAUUUAUAUCCAAGUAUUAUUCUGGCAUUUGUUCUUCCCGUUUAAAAAAAAGCUUCUCUCUUGUAUAUUAUGUUUAUUUUUAACAACAUAUGUAGCAUGAACAUGUGUAAAUGAAUGUGAAUAAAGCCUGUUAUGUUAGCCUGAUUUUCCUAUUACAUACACACACACACACACACAUAUAUAUAUAUAUAUAUAUAUAUAUAUAUACUAUGAUGUAGGCAGGUGGAAGCAGCAGCCGGAUGACCAGAGAGGGGGGGGCGGGACCGCAGGCCAGAACGCAGCUCCCGAGGCUCCGGCCUGCAAACAUGCACAAAAGAGAAAAAAGGGGGGCCGGCACAAGAAACUACAGGAACGAUGGACAAAAAUAGCUAUGAGAUAUUUAUAAUAAAUAAAAAUGGAAAUGGAGAAGAGAGGAAGGGAAGAGGAGAGGAGAAGAAGGUUGAGAGGCACCGCCCAGUGGAUCAUGUCGGUGUGUGUGUGUGUAAGAUAUAUAUG